CACUGCGGUAAUAUGGCUCCGUAGCCAGCGGCCCGGGUCGGAGCUGCUGCCGCCAUUAACCCCUCGGUGCCCGGCGGCAGCGGUGGCGGCGGGGGGCGAGCGGCCCGCAGUGCUCAUGCUCGGGCGCUGCAGCCGUUCCCCGGCCGUUGCCCUGCCGUGAGGAUGAGCUCGGUCGCCGUCCCCGCCGCCUUACCCCCUGGCUCCGCCACCCGGGCCUUGCAUGUGGAGCUGCCCUCGCAGCAGCGCCGGCUUCGCCACCUCCGGAACAUCGCAGCGCGGAACAUCAUCAACAGGAAUGGUUAUCGCCUCUUGGACACCUACUUCACUCUUCACCUGUGUGAUAACACUAAGAUCUACAAAGAGUUUUAUAAGAGUGAGGUGAUCAAGAAUUCUCUGAAUCCAACAUGGAGGAGUCUGGACUUUGGACUGAUGCCUGAUCGUCUUGAUACCUCUGUCUCCUGUUUUGUUGUGAGGAUCUGGGGUGGCAAGAAGGAGCACUUUCAGCUUCUGAUUGAAUGGAAAGUCAAUCUAGAUGGGUUGAAGUACUUGGGCCAGCAGAUACAUGCAAGAAACCCAAAUGAGAUAAUUUUUGGUCUGAAUGAUGGCUAUUAUGGAGCUUCAUUUGAACAGAAGGAUCACUCAGGUACCCUGAAGAGCAGCCUUCUCCAGGUGGAUCAGAACUGCGUCCGUAACUCGUACGAUGUCUUCUCUUUGCUUAGGCUUCACAGAGCCCAGUGUGCAAUUAAACAGACUCAGGUAACUGUUCAGAAAAUAGGAAGGGAGAUUGAAGAGAAGCUGAGGUGUACAUCAACGAGCAACGAGCUGAAAAAGGAGAGUGAAUGUUUACAGCUGAAGAUCCUGGUGCUACGGAACGAGCUGGAGAGGCAGAGGAAAGCCCUUGGUCAGGAAGUGGCCUUGCUGCACAAGGAAAAAAGUACUUUGCAGGAGAAAGAAUGUGCAUUUGGGACUGAACACCUGAAACUUGAAGAGCAUAAUGAAUCCCUUCAUGAGCUGAGAAAGGAAUGCACUGCUAAGAGAGAACUGUUUUUGAAGACAAAUGCCCAGCAGACAAUUCGCUGCAAGCAGCUGCUGUCGGAGCUCUCCUACAUCUACCCCAUAGAUUUGAAUGAACAAAAGGAUUACUUUGUUUGUGGAGUCAAGCUUCCUAAUUCUGAAGACUUUCAAGCAAAAGAUGAUGGAAGCAUUGCUGUUGCCCUGGGCUACACUGCUCACUUGGUUUCCAUGAUCUCCUUCUUCCUCCAAGUGCCACUCAGGUAUCCAAUCAUCCACAAGGGCUCUCGCUCCACCAUCAAAGACAACAUCAACGACAAGCUGACGGAGAAGGAGCGCGAAUUUCCUUUGUAUCCAAAAGGAGGGGAGAAGCUUCAGUUUGAAUAUGGAGUCUAUCUUCUCAACAAAAACAUAGCACAGCUUAGAUAUCAACAUGGGCUGAGUACUCCAGAUCUAAGGCAAACUCUUCCUAACCUGAAAAACUUCCUGGAGCUUGGGCUCAUGGUUAGAUGUGAUCGGCACCACACGUCCAGCGCAAUUCCCGUUCCAAAGAGACAGAGCUCCAGCUUUGCCAGAUUGGAUCUUGGCUUCUCCAGUGGGCUUCCUUCUCCAGAUAAAGGACUCCGAAAACGAGCCAGCACAGGAAAUGAAAGACUGCAGCACAAAACUCCUCCUCCUAGCUACAGCUCUGCUGUAACGCAGCCUGUUGCCAUCGGCGCCCGCGUAGGAGAGCUACAGAAGAAACCUGUCUCCAUAUCUUCCUCCUUGGAUACCUCGAUGGACUCCACUAAAGGAAGUACCAAGAAAGGUGAGAACUUGUCCAGCAGUUUAAAUGGAGAAAACAGGAGCCUGAACAAUACUCAAGACCAGCAGGAGUCUUUCCUAGGACACAGCAGUGCAAUAAACGGAGCCUUCCUCCCUGGCGACUGCUCCGGCACCGCCGGCAGCCAGCAGCCCUGUGAGUUUCGUCCCUCCCCGGGUCCCAUCCUCUGCUGCACCGUGGAGCAAGCAGAGGAGAUCAUGGGGAUGGAAGCCACGGGGUUCAGCACAGAAGAUCAGCUAGAAGACUUUAACUCCAUCCCAGUGGAGCAUGCUGUGGCAGUGGAGUGUGAUGAACAAGUCCUGGGGGAGUUUGAGGAGUUCUCUCGCAGGAUCUAUGCACUGAACGAAAACAUGUCCAGCUUCCGCAGGCCACGCAAGAGCUCGGACAAGUGAGCUGGCAGCAGGGAUCUGGUAGCAGCCUUUGAGGUGAAGGCAGUGGGUGGGGGUAGAGAGAGACAAAAUUGCACUUAUUCUUUAUAUUAAUUCUAAAACAGAAGAAGGAAAGAAGAGCUAAAGCUUAUUCCUGUGGUGUUAGACAAAUGGACUCGAGCACGGUAAGGCAGGCGAUAAGUCACAGCCCAGGGAAAAGUUGUUUCUGCUUCCAGCCCUCCCAAGUCUGGUAUUUGUAAUCUGGUGGAAAUACUUUCAGUUUAGGCAUUGAAAUCCAGUUCUAAAGGCUCUCCUGGCAACAGCUCUGGGCUCUGAUCAGGCCCUUCUCUGAGCAUUUGUUCGUCUCUUCGUUAUUAUAUCGAGUGAAAUUUCUUUUCAGAAGGGAAAAUAAAGAAGUUCAUUUUAAAAGCAGCAUAAAUUACCUUCCAUGGCAAGAGCUCUUUGUGUUUCCUUCAGCAGUGGAGUCAGGGUUACAGAAAUACCAUGAUUUAGUUAUAAUUUGGCAGCUUUCUCUUGCCUGUGCUCUGUGACCUUUGAAGUUUGCACUGAUGGGUCCUCGGUUGGUGGUGUGAACUCAGCCAGAGAAUGAGCACCUGUGAGAUAUCUGCGGUUUCCUUGCAUCAGAUUCAUCAGGAGUGGCAUUUUUCCUCCUCUCCUUUACUCCAUACUCGCUGCUCCAACCACAGAAGCCUUGAGGACUAACUCCUCUCUAAGGUUUUGUGUCAGAAUCUCAGCCUGACUCUUCCCCACCUCAGCUGGUUGCAGACCCUCAUCAGCAGAGACCUAACAAACUCCCUAAGUCAGGGCUAGCUGCCACCCUCUGAGAUGCCCGUGGAGACAGUGUGCUGCUGGGAGGCACUUCACAGAUGGCUUCCCAAAACCCCAGACUGAAAAUGCAGUCAGCACUUUGGAAAGAGAUGAAUUUGUAGGAUCCCUCCCCCCCUGCAGAAAGGAGGCACUUUAGUCUUUUCAUCUGCAUUAAGACCCUCCUAACCAUCUGGACUUUGAGGAAAGAAACCCCCAGCAGCACGCUGGAGGUGUGAGUUGCUCUUAGGAAGGUGACCACUGGCACACAUCUCCAGCUGCACUCGUGGGAAAGCCAUUUGCAGCCUGAUUUGUGAUCCUCUCUGUUCAUUCCGCUUGGGAUUUCCUUCCUCUUGCUUUCUCUUGUUGUGCACCCAAGAAUCAGGGCUCAGCUGUGAGCCCUCAAACCUAUAGCAGAGUGAAAAACCACUUCAUCACACCUGGCUUCUUUUUUAACCCUUCCUUGGUCUGUGCUUUCUUUUGACCCAAUGACUUAGUCUCUCCUAACUUCACCCCCUCAGGCAAGCCUAAAUUAACUCUUUAAAACAUGGAUGUGUAUAAUCUGUUGUCCAAACCAGGUGAGUAUGUGAGAACCAGUACAGAUCACAGCACUGUUCUAGAGUCUGCAUCUUUCUGGAUAACACCUUAAUGAUUGUAUUAAAAUUAUAUUCACAUUUCUUCUCUUAGCUUCUAAGGGUUGUGUGUGUGAUGGAGCAAUUGGAUCAAGCCUUGCCACGCUGAUUCUUUGGCUGUGCUCUCUCCCAGUCUGAUGGGUGGGGUGGAAGUGCUCAGCAGUAGGGACCCCCCUGCUGUAAGGUGGUGAAUGUGCUUCCAGGUGGACACAUUCACCAGUGGCUUCUCCCCUGAAUAAGCUCCUCUCUUCCAACCUCAUGAAAAGCUUCCAUGCUGCAGAGGGUUGAUGUACAUCCAUCAUCUUUGAGAAGAGUUAAGUAGGAAGUUCUCACCGUGCUUUGGUGUGGAGGGAGCUCAGCACUCUUUCAUCAACUCAUCCUCACUGUGCUUUGGUGUAGAGAGGGAGAAAUGAACACCCCAAAGCUCAGCACUUCUCCAUCAACUCAUCCUCACUGUGCUUUGGUGUAGAGAGGGAGAAAUGAACACCCAAAAGCUCAGCACUUUGGACAGAAGAGAAGUUUUCCUGUGCUCCAGUGCUGCAGCAGGCUGAUGAGCAUCCAUCAUCUUUAAGAGGAUAUGGGUAGGAAGCUCUCACUGUGCUUUGGUGUAGAGAGGGAGAAGCGAACACCCCAAAGCUCAGCACUUCUCCAUCAACUCAUCCUCUCUGUGCUUUGGUGUAGAGAGGGAGAAAUGAACACCCCAAAGCUCAGCACUUCUCCAUCAACUCAUCCUCUCUGUGCUUUGGUGUAGAGAGGGAGAAGUGAACACCCCAAAGCUCAGCACUUCUCCAUCAACUCAUCCUCACUGUGCUUUGGUGUAGAGAGGGAGAAAUGAACACCCAAAAGCUCAGCACUUUGGACAGAAGAGAAGUUUUCCUGUGUUCCAGUGCUGCAGCAGGCUGAUGAGCAUCCAUCAUCUUUAAGAGGAUAUGGGUAGGAAGCUCUCACUGUGCUUUGGUGUAGAGAGGGAGAAGCGAACACCCAAAGCUCAGCACUUCUCCAUCAACUCAUCCUCACUGUGCUUUGGUGUAGAGGUGGAGAACUGAACACCCCAAAGCUCAGCACUUCUGGCCAGAAGAGCUGUCCUGUGUUCAAGUGUUACAGCAGCUUGAUGUGCAUCCAUCAUCUUUAAGAGGUGACAAGAACUUCUCAUGGUGCUUGGUGUAGAGGUGGAGAACUGAACACCCCAAAGCUCAGCACUUCUCCAUCAACUCAUCCUCUCUGUGCUUUGGUGUAGAGAGGGAGAACUGAACACCCCAAAGCUCAGCACUUCUUCAUGAGGUGGCCAUAAGAGAAGUUGUCCUCUGCUUGUAUCUUGCCCUCUUCUGACAGCAGCAUGAUUUUAGGUGAACUUGAGGAACGUUGAGUUGAGAGAUGAGAUCUGGCAGGCUGAAAGCAGCACAAGCCCUGCUUGUAGGCACACUCAGUUUGCUCUGUAGCAGAGAGCUUGUGCCUGGUGGUGACUUUUCCAAGCAACCCAAAGAGUAGUAGUGAAGUGUCCGUGUGGCGUAGGCGCGCACGGAGCGGCUCAGUGCAAUUCAGCACCAACGUCCACUUAGGUUCCUUAGAGCGUCAGCAGGACUUUGGAUUGUUUGUUUGUUGGAUUUGAGGGUUUUUUUCCCUCUUUUGGUCACUAGUUGGACGUUUUCUCAGGUUGCACCCAACCAAAUGAAGUCCAUUUCUCCUCCCUGGUGUUGCUGUCCCUGUCUGAGCCCCGUGGUCGUUCACGUGUCAAAGGCGGUAGCUGGGUCCUGCACAAAGUUUCUUUGACAGAGCUUGCUCUGAGUGGAUCUUUAGUUGGCCUUGAGUUGUCCCCACGUUUCUCUUGCAACUUCCCCUCUUUCUUCCUGUAGAGGAAGGGGGUGUGAAGUGGGAUGGAGUCACAGGGCUAAUUAAAGCACCAAGCAACUCCUCGUUGAGGAGAGGACAGCAGAUUGUACAGCCCUCAGCCGCCUCGCACCUCGCUCGGCCGCGAUUACUUCUCCCCCUUCCCCUCCCCUUGUGAAUUACUCAGUGGGAGAGAAACAAACAGCAGGUUUGGAGGUGAGAUGAUCUGUCACAGCGUGCUUUAAACUGGCAAGAGCCUUUCAGUUCCUGCACAGCUGUGACACUGUUAAAUGUCUGCAAAUGUCUUCAAGUGGAGAAAACAUUUCGUUGCCAUCUUCUGCUUUUCCUUCCUCCUUCCCCCUCCCCCCUGCCUGGGAAUUCCUAAGAUUUUUGAGAAUAUUAGUUUUGGAAGAUCACAUCCCACUCUAUUUUUAUAGCAAGCACAACAGCAUUGGCUUCUCCUUGCUUGAGCAGGUAGUUAAAAUAAGCACCAACUCCAGACUAUAGCCCGUAGCAAAUGAGACAUUCGACCUCCGUUGGCAACUGCGGGAAAGCUCCUCUGUAUUUAUACAAUAAAACUGAUUAGUAUCUCUCC